ACGUGACUCUUAAUUAGCUUCCCCAGAAUCUGCACUGUGUGGUUGUCGUUAAGAUAUGUUAACAGCAGACAGUGUACGGUUCGUGAGUGACAGCUCGUCAGUCACCUCCUCUGUCCUCUGUCCGUUCGCGGAGUGCAGCUCGUGCUGUCAGCGCGGUGAAGCUGUCAGUCACGUUCGUUCAUUAAUGCAGGUGACCGUGGAGCGCGUGGAGCCGAGCGGCGGACCGAAGUUCCAGCAUGGCUUUCCUGACAGACAUUUUCGCUUUGGUUUGAACAAGUCUCUGCUAGAUUCGGAGCGAACACUUCAAUGGAAGAGGACGAGAAGAGCUCAGGACAAUAUGAGUCCGGUCCGAGAGAGCGAUGACCGCUUGAAGAAAAAGCUGCUCAACGAACAUGACAAAAGCUCCGUGCCUGACCUGUUCACCAAAAGUGUCAGCAGGGUCACAAAAAGUGGUCUCAGCAUCUCAUCAUGUGGUCAGUCUUCUGCCGAUGGGACUACCCCCGUGAGUCACCUCCCGUCUCGCUCCAGCAGCCCAGGCACUGGCCCCGGUCUCUCCACAGAGCACAGCUCCAUCUGCUCCUGGAGAUAUGACGAUUUCGAGCGGGCGAAUACACAGCGUGUGCGUCAGCUCUUUAACUCUGUGGAUGAGCUGCUGUAUGAGGGGAGAGUCAGCAGCCGCUCAGAGUCCCUGCAGGAGGAGUGUGAGGAGUGGAACGCACACACCCCCCAUCUCAGGAUUUUAGGGAAUCAGUUGGAGCCUCCCAAACAGGAGGGUGUUCAGUAUAUCUGCAGACGAGAGUCCAGUGCCAGAACCUCCUCCUCCUCCACACUCACCUGUCUGGACAAAAGAGAAGACCAUAGCGAGCUGUAUGUAGCAGGCCGCAGUCUGGCCCCGGGUCUUUGGUGUGAGCAGUCUGUCCGGAGCUCCAGCUCCCCUCUCUAUGAGCAUUCACUCAACCUCGCUGAGGAAGAGGAGGUGUAUGAAGCAGAGGGCAGCAUAGAGGAGUUCCUGGCUUAUGAUGGGAAAGAAAUGGAAGAGGAGGAGGUGGAUCAGAGGAAGUCUUCAUCCGUGGCCCCCAGGGCUGGAGUCCCCCCGGUUUCCCCUCAUGCAUGCAUCCGUGAUGCAGUUGCAGAUGAGCUGUUUGAUGACACAUGGAGGGAGGUGGUGGGCCUUCUGGAGGAGCUCUUACACAAGUACUGGGAGAAAAAGCUCCAGGAUGUAGCAAUGCAGAGGAGGACAUUAGAGAGCUCCAGUCAAGCACCUUCAUCUCAACUCCCGGUUAAAAGACAUCAUCUUCUGUUGUCCAGAGGUUCCAGCAGCAGAACCACUUUCCUGUCAACAUGCAGCAAUAAUGUACAGGUCUCAAGUGCCUACAAGAUUAAUUUAAACGGUGUUAUGACAAUCCAAGCAAAGCCACUGCAACAGAGACAUCAGGGAUUUAGUGAGAGAGCCCUGUAUGACCCAGAUGAUGGAGCGGGCAUGUUGAUGUGUUUGAAGACUCAGGCUCUGAGAGGGUCCGGUAUACUCCUACAGAAACCCACAGCCCAGCGCAGACUUCCCAGACUCAGUGGCAGGGUUCGAAUGUUCCACAGCCUCAUGGGAAAUGGAAGCCAAAUCUUACGAGGAACUAGACUAACCACUGUGAAUGAAAGCCUGCCCUCUCCACCAGUAAGUGCCGUUGAGAGCCACAGGCUUCCUCAGAUACACUCAGAGUCUCAAGAGCAAGAAAACUAUGCACCAGUUUCCAGGCUCAUGCAGCUCAGAGGAAGGAUCCUAAGAGGCGGCACUACCAGUGUCAUGCAUGCAGUAAACAACCUCCCACCUUUGAGAGAGCCCACCCUGAUGCUGGAGUCUCUAUCUCGGCCUAAUACUACUCACACAUUCAGAUCCGACACCCCUAUGAAAAGGUCCUUCACACCCAUGGAUUUUGCCUGUAACAUGAGGACAAGUCGAGGACUUGUCAAAGGUGAGAGCACACCUAUGGGAGUGACAGGCUUCAGUAUGGGCAUCACCAGCUCUACAGCUAGUGGGUUUUCGGAGUGUGUCACACCCAGCAGGAGGCGUCCACCCUGCGCUGAUGGAGACAGAGGGAACAUGCCCCUGCUCGGCUCUAUAGGUGGCCAGAAUCAUCGGAAACAGCUGAGCCGGUUUCCAGUGUAUGUGAGGAAGAAAUUUCAGCCUGUCAUGCCAUAGCAGGGUAGUUAAUUUUGUAAUUAAACGAGACAGAUAUUAUGAAUACUAUUGACUGAUAUGCAUAAUAUCACUUGAUUGUGAUUCAAUGUAUGGUUUGUUACCUGAUGUCCAGUCACAU